AUGUCUGCGCCUAGCGACCACAAGCUCUCCUCUCAGGAUUCUUCGCCGCAGCUCGACUACAUCGAGGGCAGUUCCAAUCAAGUCUUGAGCUUUCAGAAUGCCAAUUCGCGGCGGUUCACCGUCAAUGAUGAGCAAGGACACGCGAGUGGAACCGAAUGGGAGUGGUGGAGUCGUGAGAAUCGAAAAGGUCGACAUAUCCUCCUUCUUACCCACGCUCAAGCGCCCUCGCGCACCGCCCGCACAACACGCCUCCUUCGAGCGUUUGCCCGAAUGCUUACAGUCGUAGCCUGGUGGGAUGUGUCAUGGUGGAUUGGCAUCGUCUUCUCUAUUGGCUCCAUGUGCUCCAUAACAGCCGGUGUUCUCCAAUGGCUCCCGAUCGCAUACCCAGACGCGUCAUUUGGUGCCGACCCCUCCAUCAUUAGCGGCGUGAUAUCCUUCGUCCGUGGCAUGCUGUUUCUGCUGGGUGGCAUGCUCCUUGUCGUCGAAGCCGUAAACGCAAACCAAAGCGACUGUUUCGGUUGGGCACUAAAGGGAGCCCUGAAUUCUGAUGGCGAGAAUGUUGACCGCGCUUCUGCCGACGGAGAGAAGGGCACAAAUAGCUCUGACUUCCAACCUGACCUUCGAAACUGCACACAUAUUCACAACCCCGACCGCAUGAAGCACCGGAUAAUGCACACAAAGACAUUUAAAGUCGAAGCUCGUCCCGAGUCGGGACCCAAGCAGACCUGGAAAUGGUGGCCUACGUGGCAGGAUGUUCGCGUCCACUACCGUCGGGAGAUUGGUUUCAAUGCCAAUCUCAUCCUCUUUGUUGGGACAGCCAUUUACUGGGUCACCAAUCUGCUCACCCUACCGGGAAUUUAUGAUACCCUUCCACAAGGCGUACUGUACGGGCUCUACUAUCCCUCCUUCCUCCUGGGCGCCAUUUGCUUCUUCGUCGCAUCGAUAUUAUACAUAUUCGAAGUCCAAAGACAGUGGUGGAAGCCCGCUCCUAAGAUGAUAGGGUGGUGGGUGGGAAUGACAAACCUGGUUGGCAGUGUAGGAUGGGUAUGGAGUGCUUGUUUGGGAUACUGUAGUGCAACAUGGUGCGAGUACCAGAGCACACUUGCUCUGGUCUGGGCGCCGACAGUCUAUCUUAUGGGAAGUUUAUUGCUAGUCUACGAGGCUGUGGAGAAAUGGCCGAUUCACAUCGAUGGAUAG